CUUCACCCUCGAUCUGGUGCGCAUCAGAGCUGCAUUUGCACACCCUCUCGCGGCUACACCUGACUCCUGUGGGCCGCCACAGCCAUCAUGGCCUCCAAGCGCGACGACAUCGACCAUCUCGUCACGCGCAGCGGACGUUACAGGCGGCGCUCCCAGACUCACGUCCACCCAGCACCAGAUACCGGGCCCGUCAUCCAGUCAGACUCAUCAGAGCUGCUGACCGUUGUGGCUCAAGUCUUUGAGACUUAUUAGCUAGUCGAAGACAUACUAUGCCAUCUCGGCCGGAAGGAUGUUGGUGCGUGCCUGCUUGUCACUCGGUACAUCAAGAGUGUCGACGAACGCUCGUAUCGAGUCUGCAGCCACCUUUGUGGCCCAUUUCCUGCUCGACAUACGACACUUUGGAAGACGGGGCCCACAGAACCAGUGACAUGUCUACCCGGUCCAAUAUUGAUUCGAAGUGCAGCAGCUUCGGGAAUGUAUCAACGACCGCGUCAACCGGACACUGUUAUUACAGUUGCGCUGAACGAAGCAAUUCGUGAUCUCCGCCAGAUCCCAGGAUUUCAGCGCGAGUCUGUCACGAGGUCUCUCCCACAGGCCAACGCGACGAACGACGAAGCCCUUGCCCUGGCUAUGCAUCAACUAAUACAAUAUCCGGAGAUGUAUUUCGUCGCCAUCUUGAAGAAGGCUGUGCCUGGGAUACUGGACAUGGCGUUCACAACUCCACCUGUCUCACACCUCGAGAUAAAUAUUCACGAUACGAACACAGGAGCAGGACGUGGUUGCACUGUGCGCUGCACCGCAGGUGUUCGCGUUCGGCACGUUGUGGCAGUUGUCUCUAAGAAUUGGGGCGAUAGUUGGGUCAAGGAGCUGUGGACCUCGGGGGUUGAGUACACGGUGGGGGAUAUGAAGACUUUCGUCGUGAGCAAAGAAAUGAUGGAUCUUGCCGCAAGGAAGGGCACUGUUCGCCAUCCUGGCCGCCGUUUGAGACAAAGGAACUACGAAGAUACAGACGGAGAGAAGGUGCAGAUACCUGAGAGCGAUCGGGAUUCGGAAGAUUCGGACAUGUGAGAUCUGUGGUGUCAUGUCACAGUAUUGUGCACGCAUUGGCAGACACAAUAGACUCUGCUUCGAUGUUCGUACGACAGCUGGAGGCCAUCCAGCUUCAGCUUUCUCGGCCGAAGGCCACGUCAAAAAGCUUGAACAUUCUACAUCCUACUCUUGGUCUGGAGGUCACACAUACGCAACUCGCAGCAAGCUCUGAGGCUUGGCCCCUAUUGCGUUCUACCGUAGGAGCAUACGCACUGCAUGACUCGAGCUCAGCUCCCCUCUACCUGUCCAGACCUAGAUCGUCUUCAUGCAUGCAAUCUGCACACAGCCACCACACCAUUUUACUGUCCCUCUUGUUCCAGGCGAGGCGAGGCGAACAAAGCGUUCGUGUUCAAAAAUUGAGGAUUCAUGCACACUUGUGAAGUGGAGUCCCCUCAAGCAAUGUAGGGCUUUUGACUUGGCGAUUCGUAUUCUCCACAUACGUAUUUUCGGAGCCGGAGUGUAGCCUACGGAGACUUGUUCCAUGAAGACGGAAAGCUUUUCGGCACGGUUCGGUGCGGGUGGCAGUUGGAAAAAGAAUGGGAAGUACGACAGUGGAAAUAAUCGACGAUUCUCGUCUAUCGAGCAGUGUCGACCGAACAAGAUCGGGUACGUCGGAUACUUCGGUCAGUCUUCAUAUUCGUCAUUCUGCUUCACCUGCUUUCUAGGGCUGUGGCAGAUAAGUUUCUUGAUCGUUGAUGGAUGGUCUGGUAUGCCUCUAUCGCAGGAUCAAAGGUGCCAAUCA